AGAAAAGGGCAUUUCAACUGAUGCUGCACAAAGUACAUGAUGAGCUUCUGAACAAAGUCAAAGAGAAGAAAUCUCGUUAUCAGAUGUUGUUACAGUUACACAAAGAACUGCUGACAAGCAUCCAAGUUAAGAUGGUUCAUCGACAAUGUCUUCAAAAAGUCCACAAGGAGCUUUUGACAAGACUUCAAGAAAAGGAAAAAGUUAAACAAAUUGUGAAAACAAUUCACAAAGAGCUUCUGAGUCGCCAUGCAAAGAAAGAGUCGGAACGAGAACAUUUUGUGCCAAGAAAGCUGUUGUUGUUUAAUAUUGUCACCUUCAAGACUCUCUCAAAGAGUGAUCUGAAAGUAGAAGAAAAGGAAAUGGAACACUGUCAGUUGAAGGACGUCAGUGAUAGCAGAAUAAAAGCUGACGUCAAAGAAAGCAAUGUACUACCACAGAACAUAGAAAGCACCACAUCACCUCGUACACAAAAGGCAAGAAAAGGAAAGAUGCCACUCAAGGAUCGAUUAAAAAGGUUCCUCGGUCUGAAGUAAACACUGAC